AUGGUGGGUUCUCAGACUCAACAGUUAACCCAACAACAACAGCAGCAGCAACAGGCCACAAGUCAUCAACUUCUUGCUGGCGGUGUUAACAACACUCAGUCAUCAUCAUUGCAAAGUUUAGGACGUCUCACCACGGCGGCGUCCAUGCGUAGAAAUAGCCUUUUGGCGGAUAACAAUUUAGGCAACAUCACCACCAACACUAGUAGUAGCAGCACAAAUUCCUGUCCUCCGACAUCAAUCGCCCUCGCCGCAGCCAAUAAUUCCAAUCAAAAUAACAUUGUUUUAGCCAAUCUAUCGCCCAUCGAUUAUGCCACAGCUUUUAACAAUAGCUCAAUAAAUAGCAGCAGUUCUUGCGUUGUUGCUGCCGCAGCCGCCCAGGCCGAAGAAUUAUUACCGCUAUCGGCCAAUAGUAUUUAUAAGGAUGUAUCAUCUGGAACGUGUACUGCCUCCGCCGCUGGCGUAGAUAAUCCCCAAAAUCUUUAUACAUCAAUGCGUAGUAAAAGUUGUAGCAAUAAAUUAAUCGGUGGAGGAGGACCAAACGGUACAUCAUCAUCAGCAGCAACGGCAUAUCAUCAUCAUCUACAGCUAUCGACGGCAGCAUCGGCUACUUCUUUGGUAUUCGAUGCCAAUACAAAUGCCUCCCUAAAUAAUAGUCAAGUGAAUUAUUAUUGUAACAACGAUUUGAGAAAUAAAACUCAAACUCAGGUGCAACAGCAACAACAAUAUCAUCAUCAACUAAGUGACGUGGCAGGAGGAACAUCAUCUAGAUCAAAACCUUAUUUAUCGUUAAGUGCUAAAGAUAAUUGUACGACCUCACCGCAACGUCUCCAUAAAUCCCUAUCGACCAAUGGCGGUAGCACUGGCUCGGGAUCAUCGACCACAGUACAACAAUUAAUCGAUUCCAUACCUAUGAACUCAUUGGCAAUACGUUCAACACCUGCCUCGGCCACAAGUCGUUAUAAACACUCGAAUAGUUUAACUGAAUCCUCCAGCUGUGGAGUGGACCCAGCCACAAGUAAUCAGCAUAAGACUAACUCCCAAAGUGUGCAAUAUUUAAGCAAUAAUUGUGGUGGUGGUGGACAGCAAAAUCCCGAUACAGCAGCAGAUACCGGCACUAAUAAUGGCAAUACCACAACAGUAUCAACAACGGCCUUAGUACAACAACAAUUAACACCGACCACCAACACCAUUCAAAGUAGUAGUAGCAACAACACGACUCCAAGCAACAAUCAAAACGAUAGCUGUUUUACAUUUCACGAACAAAUUAUAAUGUCCGGACAACAGAAGGCCACCAUGACCGAAAAACCCAAACCUUUGGUAGUAUCACCACAACAGGUUAUGAUACUGUACAUGCACAAACUGACACCGUACGAACGUACCGAAAUUUUAAGUUACAAUCAAAUUUAUUUCAUUGGCGCCAAUGCCAAAAAACGUCCCGGUAUUGUGGGGCCCAACAAUUCGGAUUAUGACAAUGAACAGGGUGCCUACAUUCACGUGCCACAUGAUCAUGUCGCCUAUCGUUAUGAAAUGUUAAAAAUCAUUGGCAAGGGUAGCUUUGGCCAAGUUAUUAAGGCCUACGAUCACAAGACCCAUGAACAUGUCGCCCUUAAGAUAGUACGAAAUGAAGCCCGCUUCUAUCGGCAGGCUCAAGAAGAGAUACGCAUCCUACAUCAUCUUCGGCGUCAGGAUAAAUACAAUACCAUGAACAUCAUCCACAUGUACGACUAUUUUACGUUUCGCAAUCACAUGUGUAUCACGUUCGAGCUGCUUAAUAUUAAUCUGUAUGAGCUUAUAAAAAAGAACGGUUUUAAGGGCUUCUCCCUGCAGCUAAUACGAAAAUUUGCUCACUCGCUACUGCAGUGUCUGGAUGCUUUAUAUAAAAAUGAGAUUAUCCAUUGCGAUAUGAAACCCGAGAAUGUUCUGCUCAAGCAACAGGGACGUUCGGGCAUAAAGGUCAUUGAUUUCGGUUCAUCGUGUUUUCAACGCGAACGGGUUUAUAGUUAUAUUCAGUCGAGAUUUUAUCGUGCACCUGAAGUUAUAUUGGGUACACAGUAUGGCCGUGCCAUUGAUAUGUGGUCUUUGGGUUGUAUUUUAGCCGAACUGUUAACAGGACAUGCCCUAUUUCCCGGUGAAAAUGAAUCCGAUCAAUUGGCAUGUAUCAUUGAGGUGUUGGGUAUGCCACCCAAAGAUCUGCUGCGAAACUCUCGACGUACCAAAGUCUUCUUCAACCCCGAAGGUUAUCCACGUUAUUGUACAGUACGUAAUCUAGCCGAUGGUAUGGUGGUACUCAAAGGUGGUCAAUCACGACACGGUAAGAUACGAGGACCGCCGGGUUCAAAAAGUCUUUCACGGGCCUUAGAUGGUUGUAAAGAUGCAUUAUUUUUGAAUUUUAUACGUGGUUGCCUGGAAUGGGAUCCCGAGAAACGUCUAAUUCCCGCUGAGGCUUUGAAACAUCCAUGGCUUAGAAGGCGGCUACCCAAACCACCGAGUAGUCAAAGUGGUGUGAUCAGUAGCGGUAGUGGUGCUAAUAGUGUUUGUGAGGAAAAAUCACCAGUAUCGACGAACUCAAGUGUUUCGGCAUCCGCCUCAAUUAUUAUCGAUAACAAUGGCCAUCAGAAUGGUGACGAAGGAGGUGGUGGUAGUAAUAUGGGUGGUGUUUCGGGUAAUGGUGGCCUUACUGUAGGCGGUGGUUGUGGUGGAAAUAAUGGUGUUAGUGGUGGGGGUGAUGGUAAAACAUCGAACACAUCCCAUGGCACACAAUCAUCAUUUCACAAUACACCUUCCUCCUCGUCCUGCACCGAAAAUGUAUGGCAGCUACAACAACAACAACAACAGCAGUCUUCAAGCAAUUUAGAAUAUACCAUGGGAAUUGAUAAGAGUAACUAUUUGUGA